GCGGCGCAAGGUGCGCCGGACUGUGUAUCGCUGCAGUGGGCGGGUCUGACGUGAGGCGUGAGGACGUCGGUAUUCUUCUGAGUAGCUGCUGUACCUCUCAGAUUUUUGGGCAAUGGUGGGGCAGCGGGAAGUGUGGAGGUUCAUGUGGAGGUUUAAUUCAUUUAAAAGGACUAAUAUCAUACUACAACACUUGAGAAUGUCCAAGCAUACAGCUACGGCAGGAGAAGUACUACUGGAAAGGAGAGGUUGUGCAGGAGUGAUAACACUGAACAGGCCAAAGUUCCUCAAUGCACUGACUCUUAAUAUGAUUCGGCAGAUUUAUGCACAGCUAAAGAAGUGGGAACAAGAUCCUGAAACUUUCCUGAUCAUUAUAAAGGGAACUGGAGACAGGGCUUUCUGUGCUGGGGGUGAUGUCAGAGCAAUCUCAGAAGCUAAAAAAGAAAAUGAGACAUUUGUUCAAGAUUUCUUCAGAGAAGAGUAUAUACUGAAUAAUGCCAUUGGUUCUUGCCAAAAACCGUAUGUCGCACUUAUUCAUGGAAUUACAAUGGGUGGGGGAGUUGGUCUCUCAGUACAUGGGCACUUCCGAGUGGCUACUGAAAAGACGGUUUUCGCAAUGCCAGAAACAGCAAUAGGACUGUUCCCUGAUGUGGGUGGAGGUUAUUUCUUGCCAAGACUUCAAGGAAAACUUGGCUACUUGCUUGCAUUAACAGGAUUCAGAUUAAAAGGAAGAGAUGUGUGCAGAGCAGGAAUUGCUACACACUUUAUAGAUUCUGAAAAGUUGGGGAUGUUAGAGGAAGAUUUGUUAUCCCUGAAAUCUCCUUCAAAAGAAAAUGUUGCAGAUGUCUUAGAUACUUACCAUGCAGAGUCCAAGAUUGAUCAAGACAAGUCUUUUAUACUUGAGGAACACAUGGAUAAAAUAAACAGUUGCUUUUCAGCUAAUACUGUAGAACAGAUUAUUGAGAACUUACAGCGAGAUGGUUCAUCUUUUGCCCUAGAGCAAUUGAAGGUAAUUAACAAAAUGUCUCCAACAUCCCUAAAGAUCACACUAAGGCAACUUAUGGAGGGAUCGUCAAAGACCUUGCAAGAAGUGCUAACUAUGGAGUAUCAGCUCAGUCAAGCUUGUAUGAGAGGUCAUGACUUCCACGAAGGUGUUAGAGCUGUUUUAAUUGACAAAGACCAGUGUCCAAAGUGGAAACCAGCUGAUCUGAAAGAAGUUACUGAUGAAGAUUUGAAGACUUACUUUAAAUCUCCAGAAAGUGGUGAUUUGAAAUUUUGAGGUGACUGGCCUUGUAAGGUAUAUUUCCGAGUGGAGUUGGCAGUCUAGAGCUCAUGGGCCAAGUUGGCCUGCUGCCUGUUCUGAUACGCUCUGCAUGCUAACAACGGCCUCUGCAUUUUUAAGCUGUUGGGCAAUAAAUCAAAGGCUAAUAUUUCAUGACAUGUGACUACUCCAUGAACUUCAAAUAUCAGUGUUCAUAAAUAAAGUUUUAUUGGAACACA